UAUUGAUGUCUGAAGGUCAUAUUCUAUGUGGCGGCUUUUGUUCGUCUAGGUCCAGCGCGUCCUUUAGUCUGGUAUCUAUUUGGGACAUCUGUAUACCUUCAUAUAAUGUUCGUGUUAAACAAUGGUAGUUCUCUACCUUCAUUGAAUCUUUUAACUAUGACCACUGUGAUUGAGGCGAACGGACCUGUUUACAAUGGACCUGGAGCCAGUAAACCAAGUUCUCCAUUUGUACUAUGCAAUCUCGAGUUAUCUCAGCGUGCUGCUAUAGAGAAAGCUAAGAAAUAUGCAAUGGAACAAAGUAUUCGCUCUGUGCUUUUACGACAGACACAAUCUCAACAAUCCCUUCAGUUGAAUAAUAUUAAGAAGAAUCAAACCGUUGCACUUUUAAAUCGUGUCUAUGUUGGUUCGAUAGCAUAUGAUGUGAAAGAAGACAGUCUAAAGCAAGUUUUCUCUCCAUUUGGUCCGAUCAAGUCCGUAAAUUUAAGUUGGGAUCCUUCCACUCAAAAGCACAAGGGAUUUGCAUUUUUGGAGUUCGAAUAUCCAGAAGCAGCCCAGUUAGCUAUUGAUCAGAUGAACGGAGCUAGUUUUGGAGGAAGACAGCUUAAAGUGGGAAGACCAAGCAACUUAACGAAUGCUGAACCUGUGAUAAAUGAUCUAAUUAACGAAAAUAACCUUCACAACCGUAUAUAUGUUGCUGGCAUACAUCUGGAUCUUACUGAAGAUGACGUUUCGUUAGUGUUUGAGGCUUUUGGAAAGAUAGUGUUUUGCAAACUUCAACCUGAUCCAAUAAGACCAACACGUCAUAGGGGAUUUGGUUACAUAGAAUACGAAUCAACACAGAGCGCAGCUGAUGCAGUUGGCAGUAUGAACCAGUUCAAUCUUGGCGGUCAACUUCUGCGUGUAUGCAAAGCCAUAUCACCUCCGGAUGGCAUUUCAAACGCUAAUGCUUCUAAUCUCCCACCAGCAGCAGCUGUGGCUGCGGCUUCAGCUACUGCUAAAGUUUUAUCAAUGGAGACUGAACAGCUUCCUGUCAAUUCUUAUUCUAAACAACCUGAAACAACCACUAAUGUAGUGCUGAAUGCCGUUCCCAGUACAGUAACACCUCAGCCUACCAGUCUUAAUAAUAAUUCCCUACCUAUAUGUUCUCCUGUACCGGUCUCAACGACUGGCCAAUCGCCUCUUGAUCAACCUUCAUUAAAUGGUAAAUUCAUCUUUUGUUCUGCUCUAACUAGGUAGAUGAUUUCUAAAUUCUUUUUCCCUUUUUCUUUUUUAGUGUAAAAAUUCACUUUAGACUACAUACAGGUAUAGAUCUAAUGGUAUAUGUAUGUGUGUAGAAUAUGUAUUUUGUUUUUCACAGAGUUAGCACCAGCUGUAAUUUAUGUGUUUUGCUUGAAUUGCAACUUGAAAUGGGUUGUCAUGCAUAAAUAAAGACUGGUUUUCAGCUGGUGGAUAAAUGAUUGCAUAGGAUGUCUCCUUUUCCUUAUAUUAACUUCUGUAAUGAUUACAUUCAGUAUGAACGGCAUAUCUAAAGUCUGCAAACUACUCGUCAACCUUUUUGUAUGUAGUAUCAUUUGAAAAGUGAUCUUUUUCACUGGGUAAGUUCUGUUGACUAUAAGUAUGCUGUCAACCAUUAGAGUGUGUGUUCACUGUACUCAUAUAUGGAAUAGUACAUGAUAAGAUAAGAAUUCAAGCACCGUAAUCCUAUUCAUCAGUGUGUUGAAAAUAAUAGGCUUGACAAAUCCACUGUAAUAUAUCCUUUUGUUUGUUAUCGUUCACAUAGUUGUCAGUGUUAAGUCAAACUUGUGAGUGUAUUUAUCUCUCCGGAAUGUCGGUCAUUCUGCUAUGUGGACUUAUUUCGAUGCAUAAUGCUUUAUACUUGUGUUUAACGUAGUCUAACAGAAAAAAAAUAACCGAUUGAGUCCCCAGCUGUGGAUGACGUAUCUUACUGGGAUAACCCAAGUGUUGUCUGAUGCCUAGACAUAUGAUUGUUUAUCUCAACCAGGAAUAAUAGUAAUUAUUGGUGUACGACUGUCUAAUGUAAGCCCACUUUCAUAUCGAAAAGGUACAUUCGAUAGGAUGUGGAAUUUAUAAAUGAGAAAGCAACUCACUACUCUAUUUGGACCAUCACCUGGAUCCUUCAAUUUGAAUGAAAAGUGUAACCCUGAGGAAAUUAUUAUUAUUAUUAUUGUUCCCUUGGGUUCCUAGUGGAACAUAGGGCUUCAACUGCACGCCUCCACUUGCUUCUGUCUUGUGCUGUACUUUUCACUUGCAUCCAUGUUAAUCCAUACUGUUUCAGUUCCUCAUCACACGAUUUCCUCCAUGUCACCCUUGGACGUCCCACUCGCCGCUUUCCUUUCGGGUUCCACUCGAGGGCCUGACGCGCGAUGUCACCCAACGGCCUCCUCAGCGAGUGUCCAAUCCAUCUCCACUUUCUCCUGCAUAUUUGUUGGGCGAUUGGUUCCUGUUUUGUUUGUUCCCAUAGUUUCUUGUUUGUGAUUCUUUCCGGCCAUCUAAUCUUCAGUAUAGAGCAAAGACAGUUGUUGAUAAAGGUCUGCAACCUGUUGAAAAUAUUCUUGGUGACCCACCAAGUUUCUGAUCCGUAUAGAAGAACUGACUUGACGUUUGUAUUGAAAAUCCGAAUUUUGUUGUUGAUGCUGAGUGACGAAGAUUUCCAGAUUGGUUUCAGGUUGAUGAAUGUGUUUCUCGCCUUCCCGAUCCUCGAUUUGACAUCCUCGUCCGUUCCUCCUGUAGUUGAGACAAUGCUCCCUAGAUAAGUGAAUGAAGUAACCUCUUUCAAAUCCCUCCCGUUGAUGGUGAUUGGCACUGGAUGUUGCUGCUUCUGUUGUUGUUG